AAACCAUAUGACCCCAACGCGCCUAAACGCCCUACCAACGCUUUCAUGUUCUUCUGCGAUGAGACUCGUGAGGGGUUGAGGAAGGAACGGAAUGAGAUGAAGGGGGCGGAGAUUGAGGAGAAGGGGUUGUCGAAUUUGACGAAGGCUUUGGGGGCGAGGUGGAAGAGUUUGAAUGAGCGUGAGCGGUCGGAUUGGCGCGCAAGGUUCCUAACAGAAGUAAAACGCUAUGACCGCGAAAUGGAGGAAUAC